GCGCGUGGAGCAGUCACCUCCACCGGGGAGAGCGUCGCCAACCACUGGAGCGCCUCCUCCCACAAUACCCCCACCCCCACCCCACCCCCACCACCACCACAAAAAACACGACGAGCGAAACACGAAGAAGAAAAAAAGAGCAAACAACCCGACGCGCGAGCUCGCUCUCCGUGGUCUGUUCCCGUCUCGCCUCGUCCACAGGUUGAAGCGGCGCGGCGCUACGAUGCAUUCGGACUGCAGGCUGCUACGGGCAGAGCGGUAAUGGGGGGCGCGGACCCGGCGGCGGCCGGGGUUCUCCUCCGGGCGAUCCUCGUCCUGCUCGCCGCGCGGGGCGGUCGAGCCCAGAAAGGUGAUGGCUGUGGCCCCAGUGUGCUUGGCCCCAGCAGUGGGACUCUGUCCUCCCUGGGUUACCCGGGGACAUACCCCAACAACACGGUGUGCGAGUGGGAGAUCAGCGUUCCCCGCGGCGACCGGGUCCACUUUCGCUUCGCGGAGCUGGACGUCGGAGACGGCAACUGCCAGGUCAGCUACCUCCGCCUCUACAACGGCGUCGGGCCCGAGAGGAGGGAGAUUGUGAAAUACUGCGGGCGAAGUGUGAAGGUCAAAGAGCUGAUCGAGUCCACUGGAAACCAGGUCACUGUCCAGUUCAUGAGUGGGAACCAUCAAGGCGGACGUGGCUUCUACCUGUCCUACUCCACCACCAAACACUCGGAUCUAAUCACCUGCGUGGACAAAGGGACGGAUUUCCCCGAGGCAGAGUUCAGUAAAUACUGUCCGGCUGGCUGCUUGACUUCCACAGAGGAGAUUUCCGGAACUAUGCCUAACGGAUACAGAGAGUCCUCGCCUGUGUGCGUUGCCGCCGUCCACGCGGGCGUGGUGUCCAACGCCGAGGGAGGGAGGAUCGACGUGGUCAGCAGCAAAGGCAUCCCGCACUAUGAGGCCACGCUGGCCAACAAUGUCACUUCCACCGGAGGAACUUUGUCCAACACCCUCUUCACCUUUAAGACACACGGCUGCUAUGGAAGGCUCGGUUUAGAGUCCAGUGGUGUUGCGGACACCCAGCUGUCGGCUUCCUCAGUGUGGGAGUGGAACAACAUCCUUGGUGAGGACAGUGUGUGGGCGCCGUCAGGGGCCCGGCUCAACAAGGCGGGGCUGCCGUGGGCGUCUUCUCGGAUGGACUCGCAGCAGUGGCUGCAGGUCGAUCUCAAGAGGGAGAAGAGGAUCACAGGUAUCGCCACCACCGGCUCCACCCUGAGAGAAUACCAGUACUAUGUUUCAGCAUACCGGGUCCUGUACAGUAACGAUGGCCAGCAGUGGUCCACCUACAGGGAAGGGAAUUCUUCACAAGACAAGAUUUUUCAGGGCAACAUGAAUUACCUGCACGAGGUGAGAAAUAACUUCAUCCCCCCGAUCGAGGCCCGGUUUGUGAGGAUCAAUCCAACGCUGUGGCACCAACGAAUCGCCCUCAAGUUGGAGCUGCUCGGCUGCCAAAACCCAAACGCAGGACGGGGCAAAGCAGAGCCGAGGUCGAGGGGGCCUCCCCCCUCCCGCCACGCACCACCUCCUGCCGGUACAAAACGGCCGCCCCACCUUAACGGAACCACACACACCCCGGACAUUAGAAAUACCACUAUGCCGCCUCACACUGGCAAAGAUGUGGCCCUGGCAGCAGUUCUGGUGCCCGUGUUGGUCAUGGUUCUGACUGCCCUCAUCCUGAUAGUGGUGUGUGCUUGGCACUGGAGGAACAGGAAAAAGAGCUCUGAAGGAACGUACGAUCUCCCUCACUGGGACAGCACAGACUGGUGGAAAAGCAUGAAGCAGCUGCUGCCCUCUAGGAUGGUGGAGACGGAGGACGCGGUUCGGUACAGCAGCAGUGAGGCGGGCCGGCUCACGCGGGGAGGCGCUGGACCCCGACUGCACGCUGAACCUGCAGAAUACGCUCAGCCCCUGGUGAGCGGCGUUACGACGCUGGGGGCCCGGUCCACCUUUAAGCCGGACGAGGGGCCCGACCCGGGGUACUUCGACCCCGACCUGUACGACGCCCCCAUCUCACCGGACGUGUACCACGCCUACGCCGAGCCCCUGCCCGCCUCGGGGUCCGAGUACGCCACGCCCAUCGUGGUCGACAUGGGUUGCCACCAGUCCUCGCUGAACCAGCCCGCGUCGGCGUGCGGUUUCAUGGGGGCGGGGCCGGCGUCCCUGCUCCCGCGCACAGACGGCGGCCAGUCGGGGCCGUCGACCUACGACACGCCCAAAACAUCCACCGGACAGGUCACGCCCACCGAGGAUCUGACCUAUCAGGUCCCUCAGAGUAGCAUUCAGAAGCCAACGGGCAAGAGCUGAAGAGUCUGGAUGCACGUGGCUUUAAUCUGCCCCAGAGCCCCCCGACCCCCCUCCUCUCACUUCCAACCCAACAGACGGAAGAAGAGGGUUGUUGGCGGCGGCGGAGGAGUGAACCUGUGAGCUGGAGUCUUGAAUGAACACUACCUUCGCCUUAGAUUCAUCUGGAGAUGUCUGUAUCGCCUAAAUGUUUUUUUCUCUCCCUGCAUGGCCACAACCUGCUCGCCACAACAGUCCUAUCACUGAAACCACACAGAUGAAUGUGUUCAUGCCGGCGCGAGAGGGAACGCCGACUACUGUUUGAUAAAGACUUUGUCCCUGUUCUGUGAUCCUAAGUAGUUGUUGCAUUGUGUGAAACUGUGACUUCCAUUGUUGUUCUUCUGUUACACGCGGAACCAACCGAAAUGUUCCCGGUGGGUGACGGCCACCAACUCCAAAGGGUUCUUAGUGAACCAACGGCAUUUUGCAUUCAGGGCCCCUCGAUCCACAGGAAAGGAUUCCUCCUCGAGUCGUUUUUUUAUUUUUUAUUUUCCAUGGUACGUCUUUGUCUUACUUUGUUUUAAAAAGCAUGACUUGAAAUUGUGUAUUGUUCGAGUGAUCCCAUUACUGCAAACUCUCAGAUGAUUCACUGAUAUUUAUUUUUUAUUUCACAACCUGCUGAUGCGAAGCUCUUGUUAAAAAGAGAAAUAGCCCACCACUACCGUCACGGACUACACCGAGUUAGAUUAAAAAAACAAUUGAUGUGAUUCCUUGUCAGAGUAUUCUAACUUGAAGAGGCUAAUUAGGAAGAUUCAUUCAAAUGGGAUUCUCAAAGUGAAGAUACUGUCACACGAAAGACCAAAUGUUGCCCUUUCCAGUGUCUAUGCAAUGUUUGUUCUCGGCAGGACCACCUUUCACCGUUGUGCCAACAGCGCAAGUUUAGCCAAAUGAACCAUAAAGCAGUCUUAAUGUGGGAAGAAUGUUUUUAAAGGCCUAGUUAGUUGACGCACAGAAAAGAGUGAGAUGUUAAGUCUUUUACAGCUGAUCGUUUCCUAGUUCUCCGUGUGGAACGUUUCCACUUUGUGUGUGUGUGAUCGUCUUGUGUCGACGUGGUGUUUUCUGAGUGAUCUUUCCUUGUAUCUAUGUGCGUGGUAAAUAUCAGUGCAGUCGUUGUCUGUAGCACCAGCUAGACUGCAUUCCUCUGCACCUGUGGUACCGAUCUGACCAAACGCACUGUGGCAGUGAAGGAGCAGCUGCUUCAGAACUACAGAAUAUCCACCUCUCCUGGUGGGGGGGGGGGUGCUGUUCACCGCUGUGCCACCAAUCACGCUUUGAUUGUGAUCAAUAACCGAGCUCAUUUACAUACAGAGUUGCGGUGCUCCCUGGAGUUUUAUGUGGCUCUCACUGAUUGUACAGAGAAAUAAAGAGUUUUAAAAGGAA